AUGGAAGGAAGAAAUGUUGCCGUUUGCUUUCUAUUUUACUUCUUGAUAUCUUCGCAAUGCGCUAUUGUUAACGCCUCCUCUGUCGCCAUGGUAAGAUUUCUAAGUAAACAAGAAAAUUUGCUUUCUUUGAACAACGCAAAAAUUGUUGCGAACAAAUUAAAGAAAUUAGAUUUCAGUUGUGUUGAAUUUGAAAGUGUUUUAGUGGAGAAAACAAAGCUAUAUAUAUCAAAAGAGCUUCUUUUAGAACUAUUUAAAUGUUUUAUCCAAAGCAGCGGAGGACCAAGCUCGCUUCAUGUUUAUGCUUAAAAUAUUAAAUAUUGCCAGGCUUGUGAUAAGGUUAGUGUUGUUCUUUAAUUUCUCUAGAUUUUGAAACGAUUUGUUUCUAAAUACUGAAAAAAUAUAGUUUCAAAUUUAAAACUGAUUUCGCGCUACGCCUCCUGCAGACAGAGGAGCUAGGCCAUUAUCAGAGACUGUCCACGAGAGAGCUUUUUGAACGCGCACACCUCGCGUGAGUGAAGACUUACCUAGACAGAAUGAUAAUGAAAUUCGAGGAUCUUAAUAAGGCUUGAUCAGUUCUGUGUCACAUCAUAUGGUCAAUGAUAAUCAUCAAUUUGUUUAUUUUGUACUGUGGCAGUCCGAAGGGCAAAAUAAAAUAAUAACGAUUCCCGCUGAGAGCAAAUUCUGUUAUUAUAUUUGACGACCAUCAAGACAACAAAAUGUUUUCUCCACCAAUUUCUACAAUGAAACAGAACCCUAACACUUGCUUGCAAGGGUCACCUGGCCUUCCUGGACGUAACGGAGUUAAUGGACAUAAUGGGUUACAAGGCCGCGACGGCCGAGAUGGAGCUAAAGGUGAAAAAGGCGUGGCAGGUCCUCCUGGACCACGUGGUGAGAGAGGAGAAAGGGUACCAAGUGGAACACACACCGAUCACAGAAACUGGAAACAGUGCGCGUGGAGGUACUACGACGGGCGUGACAUUGGACUGAUUAAGGUUUGUCGAUUCUAAAAUUAGUGCGAUGAACGACUACAGUCAACUUUGGUUUGGUUAGAUGAUAAUUAUAGCGGAGCUCUCGCGCGCGAAGCGCGCGCGGCAGAGCACCAUGGGUAAGAAAAUGGGUUAGGGUUAGGGUUAUCGAGAGCUUCGCUUUUAGCCCUGGCUAAAUCUAUACAUUAAGGUUGUGCUUUUAAAUAGGAUGGAAAGUUACUGUCCAUUGGCAUCAUUAUGGAAUGAAAAAGAUUCUUUUGAACAGACAUGUAAAUCAAUAAUUGAGUUUUAAUUUGUUGUUACAGAAUUGUCAGUUCACUAAAACCUAGGAUGACACUGCUCUCCGUGUUGUUUACCAGAGAAACCUUUAUUUGGGAGGGUGUGCUCUCUGCUGUAAGCGACGGUUCAUCACUUUCAAUGGAGCCGAGUGCAGUGGUCCCCUGCCUAUUGACGCAGUGCUGUGGAUCCGAAAUAAAGACGAAAAAAACCACAGACCCGGGUUGAUUGAGGGCUACUGUAACAAAAUACACAAGGGCAAAAUUCGAGUUGGAAUCAAUAUUGGAAAUUGUGCAGGAUACGGGAAUUCCAAUGGUCAAACAGGCUGGAAUUCAUUUUCCCGUUUGAUCAUUGAAGAAGUACCUCGCUCCCAGUAG